UCAGGUGAUCAUCUUGGGCACCAGCCAAGUGCAAUGGCCAACCAAGGUUCAGGAUUGCAGCCCAAGUCCUUGGAAUUUCGCAACGACAUCCACAGUUUUGAGUACCAAUACAGGGUGGAUCAAAUUCAUCGCGUCCUGACUUUGGUUCUCGAUUCGAGAGCCAGCCUCUCUUUGUCUCGGAUCCGCAUGCCGAAAUUGGUCCCUAAACCGAAUGAUGCGAAUAUUGCCGAUCCCAUGACCUUGAUCCACGUCCGCCAAUUGGUGAGCCAAGCCGCGGAUCAAUUGCGCCAUUUGUCCCUACCAGACAAUCGCUACUGUGAUAAUGAAACACUUCGAUUGAUCGGAACCCAAUGUCAUCAGCUCCAAUUCCUCGAUGUUUCUGGUUGCUCUCAAGUCAAUGACGUGGGGAUUCAAAACUUGGUGUUCCCCAAUUCUGUUCUACGAGCCGGUCAAGUCAAUUUGGCCAACAACCGAAUCAAAACCAAUCCACUAAGCAAAUAUUUGAGGACCCUGAUCGUGUGGGACACUGGGGUGAGCGAAACGGGGUGUGUCAUUCUCCUCAGAUUCCUACCUCGCCUUCUGAAACCGGCCGGCCUUCUGAAGCAUCCGGAAAUGGCCAAUGCCUUGGUACGAGUUCACGACCGCAUUGGCUUUGAACGUGGCCUUCAAGUGGAUGGUGAGUUCACUUGGGGUUGGUUGGCAAAAUGCCAACACAACCUAAGAAAAAAAAACCUACUAUCCAGAAGAUGCAUUGAACUUUCCACAGGGGGAUGGUGCUAG